AGAGCGCGCGCGCCAAAGAGAGAAUAAACGAGAAAAAACAAAUUCACCAAUCACCUGCGCCUCUUUCUGACAAUUUGCAUCUCCAUCUUCUCGUUGCAAGUGACCGAGCUAGAUGAAGCGCGAGAAAACAGAUUGGCGACAAUGUACACAACAUAACCUAUGCGGACACCAUCGAUCAAUCCAUCUCCUCCAAGCUACAAAUAAAGUAUGAUGCAGCACCAUAGAGAAAUAGAUUUGACGGAAGAAAGGAGGGAGCAUCAAAGCUGCAACGCCUUUGAAUGAACCAGAUCAUUUGGAAUGUGAUGCACUUACAUUUCGGUUUAUUGGACUUCAGUGAGGGGGUGACAGACUACGGACGUGUCCUCAACCCUUCCCCGCUGCUAUCAGCAAACAAUGUGUAGCCUACGAAUUGGAAAAUAUUCCAUGUUUUACGCAUUUUCUGGAUGUGGGGCAUAUACGCGCAUUGGAAAGGUAUAAUACCUCUAUAGGCUAUAUUUUCUUUAUUGCUGGACUGACGUGGUGUGUAAACGCGCAUAGCCUGAGCACGAUAAUGCAUUUGUAGUCGAGUUGUUGGCAUACACCCUAAAUUUCUACACACGUUUCUGCUUGUAUGAUAACUCUGGCCUUGUCAUAUCGAUGAAAGUAGGGGUGAUGUAUGAUACGCAUUUAAUAUUGACACAUCGUUCUGUGAAUUUCAAUCACAUGUGUGAUGGCAUGCAAUAAUCUUCAGUGUCUUUCACAGAAAUACUGAAUGCAUUUGACAAACAAUUGACAGGUGAACCUACCUGAUCAUUGAUCAUUAGAUUGAUAAUUAGGCUAUCAGAGAGUACAACUAGGCCUAUGUUUAAAUAGAACGCCAGUUAUGGUAUUAAAGAGUAAUAGGCUGCAAACAUAAUCACAACAAAAAGAUGAAAAAAAUCAGCCUCAGAAGAGAUUCUGUAGGUUACCGAGGAAACUGCAAAGGGAUCGCAUUUCAGCUUUGGGGUUGUAAAACAGUCGGAAGAGAAGGAGCCGGGGCAAAAGACCAAGGAGAGGCCGCCGCCAAGGAGCAUUCUGUGGGACUGCACGACAAGGAGCUACCGCUGCCAGCACUGGAAAGCGUGGCUUGGGGUUGGUGGAAGAAAGAAUCGAAUAAUCGUGAGACGUCAUAACAAUCAUUAUAACAAAACACAUCACGAUAUCGUUUGAAUAAUCCCAUAUUUUUGAUUGUGUUAAGAGGUGUGGCAAGCAGCCAUUUCUAAAUUAACAUAUUUUAACAAAGGCUAUUUAUAAUAUGUAUGUUGUAUAACUAAUAUUUAUCAUUUAAAGACUGUGUGCAGGUAUAUUUGAAUAAUCCAGUCUCUGUAAUAAUCAACUUGUAUUCUCAGUUGCACUGACGAUAUAGCAUUGUAAUAAUGGGACGUUUAGAAAUACAUUACUACAGACACAAGCAAAAUCCAUGUCACAAGCAACACAAACACACUUAAAACAGUAUCCUGUUAAUGUUAUUCUCUAACAUCUGCACACUGAUACGAACUGCCAGAAAGAUGAUCAGCCUUAUGACUCCUUGUCCUCAACAACAUGUUGGCAAAAGACAUAUGCUUUCUUCACAGAGAGCUAUCAGAAUUGAUUCAAAGUAUAUUAUCAUAAAUGCAAUCGCACACACAUCUACAGAAAAGGUGAACAUUUUCAAAUGCAUACUAAUUUGGCUUAAAACGAUGAGAUGCACACACUCCUUUUCCUGUCCAAUGUGAUGUGAAGAGUAACACUUUGGUAGUGAUAAAGGAGUAUGGAUAUCAGGCACCUUUAAGUGUCUCAAAUGUGGUCACAUAGAUUGCUGUAAAGUGCAAGCUAACUUAAAAAGGAGAGGACCCUAUACCCUAUUACUGGACACAUCUCAGCCCACACCCUCAACCUGUGUUGUGGACCAACAAAACUUGGAACCUCUUUAAUAUAGUCAACCUUAGCCGGAAGCGACCUGGAAAACUAACCCCCCUGCCUAAGCAACUUGGAAACCAACCUUAACUCUGCUGACUCCAACUCACCCAGUUAUCGAGCUGCAGUACUUGGAAAUCAACAACUCGCAACCUGACGUUUGGAGCACAUUCGAGCUCGCAGGAAGAGCAUUGCCACUGCGAGACAGCCAAGCAUGGAAACCCCUCCCACUGCCCCCCCACAACCCUUCAGACAACAAAGCUUCCUCAGUCGAAAGUUGAAGGGCUCCAUCAAGAGGGCAAAGAGCCAGCCCAAACUGGAUCGAACCAGCAGCUUCCGCCACAUGAUUCUACCCCGUUUCCGUAGUGCUGAUCAGGAGAGGACCCGUCUAAUGCAGAGCUUCAAGGAGUCCCACUCUCACGAGUCCCUGCUCUCCCCUAGCAGUGCAGCGGAGGCUCUGGACCUCACGCUAGAUGAAGAUGCUGUCAUCAAACCUGUCCACUCCAGCAUAUUGGGCCAGGAGUACUGCUUUGAGGUGACCACCAAUUCAGGGACUAAAUGCUUUGCCUGCCGCUCGGCCGCUGAGAGAGACAAAUGGAUUGAGAACCUACAGAGAGCUAUCAAGCCAAACAAGGACAACAGUCGAAGGGUGGACAAUGUGCUUAAGCUGUGGAUCAUUGAGGCCAGGGACCUUCCGCCUAAGAAGCGGUACUAUUGUGAGCUGUGUCUGGAUGACAUGCUGUACGCACGCACCACCAGCAAGCCGCGUACGGACACUGUCUUCUGGGGCGAGCACUUUGAGUUCAACAACUUGCCUGCCAUUCGCAGCCUACGCCUGCACCUUUACAAGGAGACAGACAAAAAGAGACGCAAGGAGAAGAGCACGUACCUCGGCCUGGUCACUAUCCCCAUAUCGAGCAUCACAGGCAGGCAGUUUGUGGAGCAGUGGUACCCGGUGAUCCAGCCCAGUGCUUUGGCUAAAGGUGGCGGUGUAGGCGGUGGCAAGGUCAUCAAUGCCUCAAUCCGCCUCAAGUCCCGUUACCAGACCAUGAGUAUCCUGCCCAUGGAGCUGUACAAGGAGUUCGCUGAGUACAUCACCAAUAACUACCGUACGCUGUGUACCGUGCUGGAGCCUCUGCUCAGUGUCAAAAGCAAAGAGGAGGUGGCGUUCGCGCUGGUGCACAUUCUCCAGAGCACAGGCAAGGCCAAGGACUUCCUUUCAGACAUGGCGAUGUGCGAGGUGGAUAGAUUUAUGGACAGAGAGCAUCUUAUCUUUCGAGAGAACACCCUUGCUACUAAAGCCAUAGAGGAGUACCUCAAAUUGAUAGGGCACCGGUACCUCAAGGAUGCCAUAGGGGAAUUCAUUCGAGCAUUAUACGAGUCAGAGGAGAAUUGUGAAGUGGAUCCCAUGCGCACUCCACCGUCUGUCCUCGCCGACCACCAAGCCAACCUCCGCAUGUGCAGCGAGCUGGCACUCUGCAAGAUUGUCAACUCUCAUUGUGUGUUUCCACGGGAGCUGAAGGAUGUCUUUGCCUCUUGGAGGGUCAGGUGUGCCGAACGGGGAAGGGAGGACAUCGCAGACCGCCUCAUCAGCUCCUCCCUCUUUCUACGCUUCCUGUGUCCCGCCAUCAUGUCGCCCUCUCUCUUUAACCUCACCCAGGAGUACCCCGGAGAGCGGACAUCCCGCACUCUUACCCUCAUCGCCAAGGUGGUGCAGAACCUGGCCAGCUUCUCCAAGUUUAGUGGCAAAGAGGAUCACAUGUGUUUCAUGAAUGAGUUUUUGGAGAUGGAGUGGGGCUCCAUGCAGCAGUUCCUGUACGAGAUCUCCAACAUGGACACGGGGAGCAACGCCGGGGGCUUCGAGGGCUACAUCGACCUGGGCAGGGAGCUGUCAGUGCUCCACAGCUUGCUGUGGGAAGUCAUGGCCCAACUGAGCAAGGAUGCUAUUCUGAAGCUUGGCCCCUUGCCACGUCUGCUGAAUGACAUCAGUGUAGCCUUGAGGAACCCCCAGCUCCACCGGCAGGCCAGCCACCAGCCAGACAGACAGCAGGACAGGCUCAUCACACGGCCCUCCUUCAAUCGCAUGGUAUCAUCCGAUUUCCAGAGCCUCAUGAUGCGGGAUCUCAACAGCUCAAUAGACAUCUCCCGUCUCCCCUCCCCAACCUCGGCAUUAUCUGGGGGUGGGGUCCUCUCGUCUCAUGUCAGCAUGGGAAGCUUUGCGGAACGAGACCCCCGCGGUUCAAAGGACGUUUUCUACGUGACCCGUCCCCCGUUGGCUCGGUCCAGCCCUGCGUACUGCACCAGCAGUUCUGACAUCACUGAGCCAGACCCAAAGGUCCUCAGUGUGAACAAAAGCGUGUCCAUGAUGGACCUGCAGGACUCACGCAUGAACAGCAUCUCUAACCUCCAUUCGGUGGGUGAUAUGCUCAACUCCUCCCAGGCCUCCAUAGCAGGCCUGGGUCACAGUUUCGGGAACCUGGGAGGCCCGCUUCGCAUGGGAGGCCACAUGUCCUCCGGUGGCUCGGGGGGCUCUGGUUUGAGGCUGAGCCAGAUGGGGGGACCCCUCCACCAAAUGGGGGGUCCCACCGACUCUCUCUCCCAGCAGCAGCAGCAUGCAGCGGCCGCCAUGCACUUUCCCCUCUCCUUCCAGAACCCCCUCUUCCAUCUGGCUGCCGACGGCCCUCGGGGUCAGCCUCACAGUCGUCCUCAAGCCCAGCCGCCUCCCCCUCCGCUCUUGCUGGCCCCAGAGCUUGACAAUUCCCACCACCAACAGGGAUACGUGCGGGCGUUCGGCCACAGCGGCUUCUCGCGCAGCGAGGAUCUGUCGGCCCUGCGGCCACAGAGCAGUCUGGUGCAGCCCAGUAUUGUCCACUCGCACAGCUACAGUGACGACUACACGCGGCAGAACCAGAACGCUGAAUACGCCCGGCGCCAGCUUUCACUGCAAGUGCAGGAGAAUCUCCAGCAGCAAAUUCUUAUGGGCAUGACCCCUCAGACGGCAACAGGCAUGGGCACCCCCACCUCCUUGGCCACUCCCCCUUCCACCGUGCACCCUGUCCGUCAUGGCUCCGUAGCACCGCCUCCCCCGCAGCGCCUCAAAUCCCAGCUGUCCAUCAGCCCCGGGGCCACGUCCACCCCUCCCAAAGCCCGCCCCCAGAGCAGGAACCUCCUACUCCAGUCGCCCGAGUCCAGCUUUGGUGGCAGGCAGCCCUCGACACAGCAACAACAGCAGCAGCAGUUGUCCGUCAAACAGUCUGACAGCCCAGCCCCUGGUCUCCCGCGCCAGUCGAGCUCUGCCAGGGACGGCCAGGGGGCGCCACAAGGGGGCAACGGAGAGACCACAGACACCCCGACUAAGAGCUCCAAGCAGCCUCAGACCACAGACACCCCGACUAAGAGCACUAAGCAACCUCAGCAGCAGUCCCAGCAGCAGCAACAGCAGCCUCCACAGCAGCACCUGCUCAAGCCCACAGUCAAUAAACAGGUUUCUCAGUCCCCCUCCACCCUGACACCCAACGAGCGCACUGUGGCCUGGGUGUCCAACAUGCCACACCUCUCUGCCGACAUCGAAAUAUUGCGUAGCUCAUCAAACCUUGAGGACCUCAAGCUGAAGGAGUACUCCAAGAGCAUGGACGAGUCUCGCAUGGAUAGGGUAAAGGAAUACGAGGAGGAGAUCCAUUCUCUGAAGGAGCGCCUGAUAAUGUCCCAUCGGAAGCUGGAGGAGUAUGAGCGCAGGAUGCUUUCACAGGAGCAGCAGACCAGCAAGAUCCUAUCUCAGUACCAGAACCGGCUGGACGACAGUGAGCGCAUGCUGAGGCAGCAGCAGCUGGAGAAGGACAGCCAAAUCAAAGGCAUUAUCAACAGGCUGAUGGCUGUGGAGGAUGAGUUGAGAGAAGAGGACUCUUCCUCUCUGGGUUCAGCAGACCCCCAUGGUCUCCCCGGAGGGGGGGGAGGGACGGCCACCGCCACUGCCAGGCCCGGGGUCUCCUUUUCGGGUGUCUCCUGUGCCAGCACCCCUUGGAACGGAGCCCUCCCUCCCGUCCCACCUCCCCGCCUACACGUCAGCCACAACGGGGAGCUCCGUGGCAACCGAGCCUACCCCUCGACUACUACCAUGGCUACGCCAGCCAGGAGCACGGCAUCUUGGACCUCGGCAACAGCAACAUCAGAUCCAAGCUUAACCGGGAGGAGAGCAGUCUAAUAACGAAAUCCAAUCCAACCGUUUUACGGAGGACACCCUGGAACCUGACUGGCAGAUCAAAUGCGGGCGGAGCUGAUAUGGGUCCAGGCUUAAUCCUAUUGGCUGAAACAUAGAAGAGGUCUGCAGUACACACCUACUCCAGAUCUUGAUUCCCCCACAACAAGCUGAGCUUUAGGAAAAUUCAAAGGGGGAGGGUUCUUUACAUGCUAACACACCUUCUCCAGUCCCUCAUGCAUUUGCUCUUUCUCUUUCUCUCUGCAAUACCACUCUAAGUCUUGACCCUGGUGACAAUCAGUCCAGUAUUAGCGGUGCUGUUUACAGUAUCUACAUGUUGCAGUGACCCAUUCACGAGUGAUGAAACAUUGCAAUAUCGAACCUGUUGUUUCAAUUUUAAUAGGUAUGACAAAGCACAAUACUGAGAAAGAGAAAUAGAGACUUUGGGGGAUCCAAAGACCC